UUAUUUUUGCUCUUGAAUAACAUGUUUGUCUUUGAUGUGAGCUUGGAAAGCCCCACUACGUCACCAGGUAAGAAGGCUUUAAAAAGGCGGCGCUCACAACGGCACUCCAAACCCUGUUCAUGCCUCAGGUUAUCAAGUUACCACGAUGGAUAAGCUAACUUUUAAAAAAGAGAACUCUGAGCGUAUCCAGAUGGUGGAGAAUUCGUUUGGCCCAUCAGGGGUGCGGUUGUGCAAACCUGAUCGGAUUCUAAUAGGAGAGGGCCGUCUGAUCAAGCAGGGUCGCAAGAAGCAGCAGCCCAAGGCCUUCUUUUUGUUUAAUGACAUCCUGGUGUACGGCAGCAUCAUCCUGAACGGCCGCUGGCACAAGAAGCAGAAGAUCAUUCCUUUGGAGGACAUCAUGGUGGAGGACAUGGAGGACAGUGAGGGAUUCAUGCACCAGUGGCUGAUCCGAACGCCAUCCAAGUCCUUCUUUGUGUCCGCCUUUUCAGCGGACGAGAAGCAGGCCUGGCUGGAGCACAUCAAGGAAUGCCAGUCCAACCUGCUGCAGGACGGCCGCCGACUGGGCUCCAACUUCGCCAUGACCUGGAUUCCUGACCGUGCCGCCGAGAAGUGCAUGCGCUGCUUCAGUAAAUUCUCUGCAACCAAACGCCGCCACCACUGCAGAAAGUGCGGCUUUCUGGUCUGCAAUUCGUGCUCCAAGGAACGGGUGGUGAUACAUCACAUUCACCGCACCAAACGGCUGAGGAUCUGCAGCCUCUGCCACACGGAGAGGUCUCGCCAGAGGGGAAACAGCGCCGAGAGCAACAGCUCAGAGGAGGAGGAGGAGGUGAACGUAAUCAACAAUGAGGAGGAGGAAGAGGAGCUGCAGAGCCACACUCCCAGCAACUGGCUUGACUCCCGAAUGGGCAGCUGGGGGCAUAAUUUCUCCCCAGAACCAAUGCAUCAGUAACCACAUAAGGACUAGUCCACUAUCACGAAAGACUUUUAAAUGAUUUCAGACCACACUGUUAAAGCAGUGAUGAAAUCAUCAGAUGAAAUCAUUAAUAAAAGAGAAGGAUGUGUUUUAUUUGUGUACAUGUUUUGCUGUCAUUAGAACUCACUUUUUGUACUGCACACGUUACUGACUCUGUUUAUUUUCUCACUGUGAUUUGAGCACCUUAGUUGCUAUUUAUGUAUGAAAAAGUAUUUGCCCUUCAUGUCUGUUCUUUUGCUGCUACAUUACCUGUGAACAAUAAAACGAAGGUACCGAA